CGCCGCUUCUUAACGGGCGCGUCGCGGGCGCGGCGGGAGCGCUGAGCGCCGGCGGGGCCGCUGCCACUGUCACACCGGGACACUGUCGCGACAUGAGCGAGAGACAAGGAACCGGGGCUACAAAUGGGAAAGACAAGACGUCUGGUGAGAAUGAUGGGCAAAAGAAGGUCCAAGAGGAGUUUGACAUAGACAUGGACGCGCCAGAGACAGAGCGGGCGGCCGUGGCGAUACAGUCCCAGUUCAGAAAAUUCCAGAAGAAAAAAGCUGGCUCCCAGUCCUAGUAGCUACCUCACAGCUCAAAACAAAGUAAUCCUGAGAUGAUUUAUCAAGAUCAGAAAUAACACAAAGAUGCAUGUACAGAAAUUAUCAAUAUUUAAAACCCCAUUGGCAGAUAACAACCCAUGAGCUUGUGUGCGACUUCAUCCCAGAUGUUUCACGCCCAUUAUCCUCUGUAACUCACCAUUUUACUUGAUGUUGUAAUAAAAAGUUAGGGUGAAGUAAUUAAAGUGUCUGCCUUCAUCUGUCUUUCCAUAUUAAUCCAGCAAGUGCAGCGUUACAAAUGAACCCAGCCCAGAUGCCUGUUUCCCUCUCCACCUAAAGCUCAGAGUCGUAACAGCACCGUAUGUUGCAGGAAUUUUUGCUGAGGGAUGAGAUAGAUGCAUCUCAGCCCUGCUUCCCUCAUUUGGAGACUUCCAGCUGCCAGCAAAAUGUGAAAAUAAAAUGACUUUCUUGUAAUGAGUUGAAAGUAAAUAAAAAAGAAAAGAGAAAAGUUGCAGACAGAAGCUGGCAUGAGGGGUGUAGGAAGCAGGGAGCAGUUUAUUUUUGUCUUGCAAGUGUGUCAAUGAAGUGGUUUGAGUGGGGAAAUUGUGCCUGUCCUUCCUCUUUGCAUGAUAACAUUCAGAGAUCUUGGACCACGUUGACUGUUAUGGAAAGAAAAUAAUAAACCAGACACAAAAUACCUUUGGAAA